CUGUGUAACUCUGCCCAUUCUCUGCUUCUGCAGUAUGUGAAUGAACACAGCUGUAACGCGCUCUGAGAAGCCCGAGAGUUUAUCUGCCGUCUCUGUACUGGCUGCCAUGGCCAAGGGUGAAAAAGCCCGGGUCACAUCAGGGGAUAAACUCAUGAUGAAGCACCCUGAACCUGCUUUCACUAAGGUCCCGCCACAGACUCUUCUAGAUCAAAAGCUCUCGGUGUGCAGUAAACUAUGUUUCGCCAUUGGAGGAGCACCCAAUCAGGUCGCAGGAAGCGCAACAGCAUUUUUCCUCCAGAUAUAUCUGCUCGACAUUGCACAGAUUAACCCAUUCCAGGCUUCCAUGGUGUUGUUUGUUGGUAAGGCCUGGGGUGCAGUGACCGACCCUAUCGUGGGAUUCUUCAUUACUAAGAGCAAAUGGACAAAGAUCGGCCGACUUAUGCCAUGGAUGGUGGGCUGCACUCCAUUCAUGGUGGUCUCCUAUUUCUACCUUUGGUUUGUUCCACCUUUUACCAACAGGAGGUUCGUCUGGUAUCUGGGCUUUUACUGCCUCUACCAAACUCUCAUCACAUGUUUCCACGUGCCUUAUUCUGCUCUGACCAUGUUCUUGAGCACUGACCAGCGCGAGCGAGACUCAGCUACAGCUUACCGUAUGACAGUGGAGGUUUUGGGGACUCUGGUGGGCGCCGCCAUUCAGGGUCAGAUAGUAGCAAGCGCACACACUCUGAAGCACUGUCCACAUCGCAACCUAACAGCCGCUCACCUGACCAACAGCAGCGGCACUGAGAUCAUCAGAUCACUGGCUCUGUCACAGGACUUCCUGUCACAUGCUAAGGAAGUGUACAUGAUCGCCGCCGGAGUGAUCGGUGGCCUGUUUCUGGUUUGUACGGUGGUCAUGUUUUUGGGAGUCAAAGAGAGAGAUGAUCCCUAUGCUCCUAAAACGGACAAGGCUAUUCCUUUCCACAAGGGCUUUAUUUUAGUCAUGAAACAUGGGUCCUACCUCACACUGACAGCAUCUUUCCUUUUCAUAUCUGUGGCCAUCCAGCUGAUUCAGAGUAACUUCGUGCUGUUCUGCACAUAUGCAGUGGAGCUGAGGGAUCACUUUCAGAAUAUCGUUUUGACCAUUCUGAUGUCGGCAGCAGUGAGCAUCCCGUUCUGGCAGUGGUUUCUUGAGAAGUUUGGGAAGAAGACGGCAGCUUUCUGCGGCAUAACAUGGAUCAUGCCAUUUACAGUGAUGCUGGUGUUCAUCCCGAAUUUAAUAGUGGCGUAUGUGGUGGCCGUAUCAUCUGGACUCAGUGUGGCCGCUUCUCUCCUCUUACCAUGGUCAAUGUUACCCGAUGUAGUCGAUGACUUCAGACUGGCGAACCGCAACUCAAAGGGACACGAGGCCAUCUUCUACUCUCUAUACGCUUUCUUCACCAAGUUCGCUGCAGGCAUUUCUCUCGGAGUUUCCACACUGUGUUUACAGUUUGCAGGUUAUGACACCGGAGCAUGUCGACAGCCUCCUCCAGUGGUUUACACACUGAAGCUGCUCAUCGGCGCAGCCCCAGUGGCCUGCAUCACCACCGGCCUCAUGAUCCUCGUGGUUUAUCCAAUAAGCGAAGACGUCCGGUUACGAAACAAAGUCGCUCUGGAGGAACUCAGAAAGCAGAGCAUCACGUGUAAAACCCUGCGAGCUGAUCUGAGCAGCGUGUGACGUCUUCAGACAGCAGAUCCUGAUAUUCCAGCUCUGCGCUGGGAUGAGCUGUUAGUGUAUAUUACACUGUGUGACAUAGAUCAUGUUUUACUGUAAACAUCUCAGUUUGCUUCUGUAUCCAGUCCGUUUCUGUAUUUUCACAUGAACAUAUAUAGCCACAUAUACAGUUUUACGCUAAUUUAUACACAUUGAUGAACUACACAUACAUAUAUAUAUAUCAUAUAUCAGGAUUUCCUGAGGGAAAACACACUGAUAAUAUAUUGCUUAAAUUGUAUUAGUGAUUAUAAUUAAUAUCGAAUGACUUACUGAAUUCCUGCAUUAAUAAAACUUGUGCUGGUUCACGUACUAUACA